UGUCUGCUUGUUUUUACGUCAUUAGUAACGGCCACUAGUCACACAACAUAGAAAAAUCUGUUUAUUUCUUACUUGGAAACCAGGCCCUGAUCUGCGUUUGCCUGACAAAAAUGGCUUCUCUCAGCAGUUCAGAAUGGAGGUCCAUUUGCGAAAAAUUUCGCCGUGCUCAAAAUCUCUCCGAGAUUGAAUCUCGAAAAGACCCAGAGAAUGAUCCGUUUCGCUCUAAGUACAACGCCAGGGAGCUUUUGAAAGAGAUAUACAGCGAUCUGAAGAACUUUGAUGCAGGGGAAAAUGACAAUGAUGACAAUGACCAGCCACAAGAAGAACAGUGUUCAGAUCCAGUAGAACCAGAAGGUGAAGGCAGUGGCACCGGUCAUGCUGGUGAUUCUCCUGCCGGUUUAAGAGCAGCCAGACUGGGAGUGAUUGAGUAUUACCUGGGUGUAAACCAUGUAGAGACGGAGGAGCUGUCUGCUGGAGAGGAACAUUUGAUGAAUUGCAUUAAAUUGUUGGAUAAAUGCACCGUGUCACAAGAGAACGUCUCUGUGUUUAUUCAGGCGAGGAAUCAACUGGGCAUCCUCUGGGCUGGUCGAGAUGAAAUCGACAAGGCGCAAGGAUUCCUGGAGACUGCGGAGUCUAUGUAUGUUCGGUAUAUGAAAGAGGUUGGCCAGCCUCCUAUGGACCUCACAGAUUUUUUCAUGGUAGAAGAGGAGGCAUUAUCCCCACAAGAGAGAACAAAGCAAUUUGAAAUGGCCUAUACCCACACCUUGUAUUACCUGGCUCAAGUGUACAAGAAUCUGGAGCAGUAUGAGCGAGCAGGGCGUUACUGCCACAGCACCCUCCAGAGGCAGCUGCAGUUCAACCAGUUUGUGCCCCUGGAGUGGGCCAUCAACGCGGCCACUCUGUCCCAGUACUACAUCACCAAGUCUUGUUACAUGGAAGGCCGACACUGUUUGGCAGCUGCCUCUGUCAUCGCCGGGCUGGCUGGGGAGGUUCCAUCUGAAGCUGCUGCCCAGGAAAAUGAGGCAGAAUCUGAGAAACGGGAGCAGCUUGGUCAGAAGAGGGCUGAAAUAUCCAGAUGUUGGAUCAAAUACUGCCUGAAUCUCCUGCAGGAUGCCAAGAAACUCCUGGAGGAUAACAUUGGAGAGCUGGACACGGACAGGCAGGCCGAGUUGAAGAGGUCGCGGCAGCAGGAGGAAGACGAGAAGGAGAGGGGGAGGAAGAGCGCGGUGCUGUUCAGCUCAAGUGACACCUUCGACUCCAUCUGCAGCCUCGAGGAGAAAGUGAGCUGCGCCUUCCCCCUGGACUUCGAUGAGGCGCGCGCCGUCUUCCUGACCGGCCAAGCCCACGUCAACCAGUCCAAAGAGUACUUCCAGAUGGACGGGCACGUGACGGACCACAUCGAGAUCCUGCAGGACCACAGCGCCCUGUUCAAGGCCCUGUCCUUCUUCGAGGAGGACCUGGAGCGACGCUGCAAGAUGCACAAGAGGAGGGUGGACAUGCUGGAGCCGCUGUGCCGCGACCUGAACGCCCAGUACUACCUCCUCAUCUGCCGGCAGCUGCAGUUCGAGCUGGCCGAGACCUACUACGAGAUGAUGGACCUCAAGCUGGCCAUCGCGGACAAGCAGGACGAGCUAGAUGCUCACUCCAUCAAGAAGUUCAACCACCUUUGCGCGGCCUCCAUGAAGUACUACCAGAUGUUCCUGGACUCCAUCCGCUCGCCAGAGGGGAAGUUUCCGGAAAAGCUGGAGGACGAGGUGCUGCGUCCGGCGCUGGUGGCGAAGUUUCGUAUUGCGAGGCUGCACAGCCGGCUGAUCUCGGCGAGCCCCACGGUGCAGCUGGAGAACCUCAGCAACUCCCUCUCCUGCUACGACUUCCUGGUGCAGUACUGCCAGGAGCACCCCGAGGCCCGGCAGGCCGUGGAGACUGAGCUGGAGCUCAGUGAGGAGAUGGUCAGCCUUCUGCCCCUCAAGAUCAACCGCCUGAAGGCCAAACUGGUCUCUGCAAACUGAGGCCAAACUGGGCCCGACCAUCCGAGGGCACCGCUUCGCUCCUCAGACUUAAGGCCAAACCGGCCCGCUGAAACCAAGGGCCAAAUUUGUCCCCUCAAACUGAGGGCCAAAUUGUGCUCUUCAAACUGAGGGCCAAAUUUGUCCCCUCAAACUGAGGGCCAAAUUGAGCUCUUCAAACUGAGGGCCAAAUUGGGCUCUUCAAACUGAGGAACUGAGGGCCAAAUUGGGCUCUUCAAACUGAGGGCCAAAUUGGGCUCUUCAAACUGAGGGCCAAAUUUGGCUCUUGAAACUGAGGGCCAAAUUGAGCUCUUCAAACUGAGGGCCAAAUUGAGCUCUUCAAACUGAGGGCCAAAUUGGGCUCUUCAAACUGAGGGUCCAACAGGCCCCCUCAAACUGAAAGCCCUGCUGGCCUUGUUGUAAACGAUACAACAACAGAAUUAAAGCCUUAUCAGUCAGUUUCAGUGCACUGCACUCCCCCUUCAGCUAUAAUCACCUUUCCUUUCAGUGAUAUUGAUAAAGCCUUUAGAUGCUGUGAAUCCCCCAUUACACAUAACUUUACAUUUAACCUGUCCUCAGAAUGUGCAUGAUCUGCAUCCUGUUGUCUAUAGCUUGCAUUCUGUCAUUUUGUUUGGCCAUGUCUCUGCAAACUGACAUGAUAAUAUUGGUAUUCUGUGUAUACAAAAUAAACAAUAAUAUUAGAA